CCUCAAACUAACCCCCAACUCCUCUUCCCAUUCAACAAUCACUCUCUCUGGCGGCUCCCAAUUCUCACAAACCCAAACCCUAAUUCCAAAAUUUUCACACUCUCUCAUUGUUUUCUCUUACACAAACUGUGAUUCCACAUCCUAAAAACUAAAAAGAUAACAUUUUUAUCGAAAUUAACAUUAAUUGAGUAAGAAAAAACGUUGCUUUUGUCUGUGUGGCUGAAGAAGAGGUGAUGCUGAUGGAGAAUUCAGAGGGAGUGAAGCGGCAUUUCGCUUUGGCAGCGGUGGGUGAGUUGCCUGAUUCUCACCGUUCUUCUUCACCUGGGGUAGCUACCUUCACUGGCCACACUCUGAAGAUUCAGCAUGAACCUCACCAGGUUCUGCUCAACGUUGAUCUUUCAGCUGUCAAGCUAUUCAGGUUAGGUCCUGUUCAAUUGGUGUGCAUGGUGGAAGGGGCUGAUGCUGGUAAACAGACAUCGUAUUCAAGGGGAGUCGCUAUACAGUUUAAAAAUGAGGAAGAGUGUGAGGCCUUCCAUUGUGUAUUCCAACAAUGGAAGAAGGAAUUCAAUGUUCAAGGGGGAAACUUACCAAAUGGAACUGAUAUUGUAACGACUAAAAGCAAAUUUGAUGAAAAGAUAGAGCCAUCUUCUGCAAAAAUGUAUUUCCAUUAUUAUGGACAACUUCUGCAUCAGCAAAAUAUGUUGCAGGACUAUGUGAGGACAGGAACCUACUAUACUGCUGUUAUUGAGAAUCACAGUGAUUUCUUUGGUCGUGUAGUAGUUGAUGUUGGUGCUGGUAGCGGUAUUUUGUCAUUAUUUGCUGCUCAGGCUGGUGCAAAGCAUGUUUACGCCGUUGAAGCAUCUGAAAUGGCAGAAUAUGCACGGAAACUUAUAGCUGGUAACCCAGAACUAGGUCAACGAAUUACCGUUAUUAAAGGCAGAGUUGAGGAUGUGGAAUUGCCAGAGAAAGCAGAUAUUCUGAUCUCUGAGCCCAUGGGCACCUUGUUAGUUAAUGAAAGAAUGCUGGAGUCUUAUGUCAUUGCCAGAGAUAGGUUUCUCAUCCCUAAUGGGAAAAUGUUUCCUUCAGUGGGAAGGAUUCACAUGGCACCUUUCAGCGAUGAAUAUUUGUUUGUUGAAAUGGCUAAUAAGGCCCUGUUCUGGCAGCAACAAAACUAUUAUGGUGUUGACUUGACGCCCUUGCACAAGACUGCAUUUCAAGGAUAUUUUUCUCAGCCAGUAGUGGAUGCUUUUGAUCCAAGGUUGUUAAUAGCUCCUUCCAUGCUCCAUGUCCUAGACUUUACCAAAAUAAAGGAAGAAGAGUUGUAUGAGAUUGAUAUUCCUCUCAGAUUUAUAGCCACUGUGGGUGCCAGAGUACAUGGGUUGGCAUGUUGGUUUGAUGUGCUGUUUAAUGGAAGUACUGUGCGAAGGUGGCUUACCACUGCCCCUGGUGCACCGGUAACUCAUUGGUAUCAGUUGCGUUGUGUUCUCGAGCAGCCAAUUUAUGUCAUGGCAGGACAAGAAAUUACUGGCAGGCUGCACUUGAUUGCCCACAAUGCACAGAGUUAUACAAUCUAUUUAACUUUGUCAGCUAAAAUGUGGGGGCCUGGCGCUGGACAAGGAGGGAUUCUUCAAACAUCAUCCUGUAAGCUUGACCUGAAAGAACCGUACUAUAGAAUGUCUCAACCCCAAGCUUAUGCAGUAAACCAAGAUCAGCAACCUCAACCAUUUAUACAGACACAGGAUGUGCACAUUAAAUCUCAGGAUUUGGAUGAAACUGAGAUGAUGCAACAGCCUUCCCCCAAUUCAUGUGCUCAGAUUGACUCGCUCAUGCAGAAUUUAUAAGUUGAUGAAGACUAGCUUGUUGAGCUUCUGUUUGUAACAUGAAUCAGCUAGUUGGGGAAUGCAUGUCUUUAUUUGGACAAACCAGACAAUCUCAUACUUGUAAAUUCAUCAUUGCAUUCGAUAUCUAUUGUUGUGAGUGGUGAUGCUUCAGUAUUUGAUCGCAUCGUAUUUUAGCUAGCAAUAUAUUGAAUCCUUAUGCAUGUCUUGAAUAUGCUGUUGUGAGUAUAGUAGUGUCAGUCACACCCUAGUAGAAAAGGGGAAAAGUCAAUCUUGUUUGUUUUAGUGUUUGAGAAUGCCGAUUUUGCUAACUUAAAAUGUUUAAGUUGAAGCCAUGUUGCUUUUCAGUAUUUUAAAUGAUAAAUGAUUGCAAAGAUAA